GUGGUGACGCUAAAAGUCUAGAACUGGUGCAUAGAGAAAAAUAAUACAGUGUUUUUUACUAAACCUGUACGAAACUACAUUUGCAACAGCUUUUAAAUCAUUACAUAUUUUUACAGUAAAUAGUAGCUCUGUUUCAAGCUAAAAUGAAUAAUGAUCUUGUUCUUAUGAAGUCUGUUAUGAGGUUUUUGACUGGCGAAAACGAAUGUUUAUGUAGGUUAUGCUUAACUUUAGCAAAAGAGCACAAUGUAUCUUUUUACGAUUCUGUGGAGAUACAAAGACCAUACAUCCAAGAGAUAGUAACCUAUAAAGAAAUCUUAGAAGAUCUAGGUCUCCAUCAAGAAAAUUUGCUUCCUCAAAUACUUUGCAAAAGCUGUGCCACUACCAUAAUCAACACAUAUAUAUUCAAAAGUCUAAUACGGUACUGCCAAGAAAAAUGGUCAGAUAUAAUAACUAAAAUUGACAACACAUUGAAACCCACCAAAUCAAUAUCAGACAGUGUUAAAACAAUCUAUUUUUUAGUUAAUGAAAACCAAAAUGUUAUGCUCACAAGUCGCACAACCAUAAAAGGCAAGAGAAAAGUCUUACAAAAAUUAAAAGAAGUCAUUAGUUACAAGAAAAACUAUGUCAGAGUAAAAAAAAAUACUACAAAAACAAUCUGUGAGGAAUGUGGAGAGAUUUUCAAGUCAAAAAGCCUUCUCUCAAGUCAUUAUGACAAAGUACAUAGCACAAUCAAAUACCCAUGCUCAUUUUGCCCUAAAGUUGCCAAGUCAAAGAUACAAUUAGAAGGGCACAUUGUGAGAAUGCACUAUCCCAAGAAAUUCAAAUGCCCCAAAUGUGAUAAAAUGUUCAGCACAGACAGGCUAUUAACUUACCAUGAUAAAAGUCAUCAUAGAGCUGUGAUAUGCAAACUUUGUUUCAUACAAUUCCCAUCCAAAUUAGAAUUGAGGUCACAUAUGGACAAGCAUGAUGUUUUAAAUUGUCGGAAAUGUGGUAAAGUAUUUUAUAGUAGACAGACGAUUAGAUCCCAUGAGAAAAUAUGUGGUAACUUGGAACAGAAACAGGCAAAAUUCUUUUGUGAUAUAUGUAAAAAAGGCUAUGCCCGAAAAGGAGGUAUACGCAGUCACCUGAAAAUCGAUCAUGGGUAUGGAAUUAACAUGCACAACUGCAAGUGGUGCAACAAAAAGUUUGAUGCUGCAAGUAAACUCAAAAUGCAUGCAGUUGUUCAUACAAGGGAAAGAAACUUUCAUUGUGAACAUUGUGGUAACAAAUUUGUAACCCAAGCAGCACUAAAAUACCAUGUCAGGCUACACACUGGUGAAAGACCCUUUCAAUGUAAAAUUUGUGGGGAGCAAUUCGUAUCAGCUUCGAGAAGAAUGGAACAUACACAUAGAAAGCACAUCGGCCCAACCAAAGAAUGUUCAAUAUGCCAUGUGAAGUUUAUACUUGAUAAUCAGCUCAAAAGACAUAUGAGAAGACAUUUCAAUCCUCAGAGUAAACUUUAUGUGUGUGAUAAAUGAACAACAAGAUUAAUGUAAUAUUUGAUAUUUAUUUAAAUCUGUAAAUAACACCUGUAUGACUGCACCAUAACCAAUGUUGCAUAAAUAAUGAAUGUUUGUUUUUACCUUUAUGAAGCCUAAAUUACAAACAUUUAGAACUUACUGUCUAUAGCAAC